GUCGCAAAACUGGACGGUGUUGGGCCAGCAGUAGAAGAAGCGCUCAGGGGCUUAGAGGGUCUGGCCAAACCCACUACCGAGGUGCGUUUCUUUGGGGAAAAGAUUCGCCUUGCCGAUGAUGCUCGCGCUCAAUGCUCACAUGCUUAUCCAGGCUUUUGGGGCCGCUCAACACCCAAAACUUGAAGCCCUGAGGAAUCUCAAUCCGGGCAGUUUCGAUUACACCAAUGUGUUCCACCUUCAAGCUCCGAACUUCGAUGGCCUCGUAGCAUCGAGCAUCAGCGGGGUUAACAGCUUGGACCAAUUCUUGAAGAGAUUCGUGAUCAUAGAGUUGCCAGGUUCCCGACCCGAUGCAAAGAAGUAUCUGGCGGAAAAUCCCGAGCUAAAUCCCUUUUAUCGCCGGGACAAAAUGAAUGAUCUCUUUAGUGCGGUUGACCAAUAUUGGCAGAGUUGCACCAGAUUACCAUGUGAAGGUCAACAUCAUCCAGUCCUGUUUCUGCGACCACCUGAGCUCCCGGACUUGUUACUGGACUGCCUGUUCAGCCUUAAGGAGGUAGAAGAGCCUCCGUGGGGGGAGUGUAGGAUUAGGUGGCUAGAGCGAAGGAAAAACGUAACCCGGAAAUUCGUCAAGGAACUUGAAUCACGAGCUGGGCGAUGCUCUCGAAUGCAGGCUCAACGAUUGAUUCUCAACUUCGCCGAGGCCAUGGAGGCACAGUCCGAUUGCAUAGGGAAGCUUGGUUCGGAAGUGCUGGAUCAAAAACAGCGGCCCAGCUUUGAAUUGGCGACGCUGGUGAGCCUAGGCGAUAUUCUUGCGCAGUCCGCAGAGGCACCAGUGUUGAACGAGGAAACAAAAAUACUGCUGGCUUUCGCACUUGCGUUCGGGGUUCUUGCUUGGUCCGGAUCCUACUGGCUUCCAACACAGCUAAUUAAAGAUCGUAUUUAUUUCUUUCAGGACAAAGAAAAGUUGUACCUCGAGCCUGUUAUCUCGCCUCCAUCUGGGAAUGAACAUCUACUUAUGGGGACAGAAGUUGACGACGACCCAUACCGUCUAGCGCUCGGCGUCAUCCUCGCGGAGCUAUGGGAAGAAGAGGGAUGGGAAGCGAGCCUCGAAGACAACACUGAUAAUCAGGCCGUGGCUUCGGUAAUGCAAGACGCGGAUACCAUGGUUUCCCAAACCCGAAGCACCUUUCAAAACAUCGAGUGGAACAACAACGAGUUUUAUGAGUACGCCGUUGGCACAUGUCUUGACGUGAUAGAGAGUGUUGGGAAUUCCGCCCCGUUGAUUCACGACGAUAAAUACCAGGACUUUCUCUUGGAAAAUGUGUUCGAGCCAUUGCUUCAACAAGUCCUGGCAAUACCAGCCUGCGAUCCCUUGAAGUUAGCAAAAGCAUUGAAGACGAAGACAAUGCCACCCAUUGAAAGGGUAUCCCAACCCACGAUCCAGCUCACGGACUGCAGACAUACAGAGCUCAAUGAUGCGAAGGUGAGACAUGCAUUGGGGUUCCUAGGUGAAUUUAGACCGAUUGUCCAGCAGUUCUGCUUAGAUAAGGAGAAUGAGAAGUAUUUUUCGGCUCUUGGCGAUCGGCAGAAAGUGAAGAUAGCCAUACUAGACACCGGGUUAGACCCUUUGCACGGCCAAUUCGCGCCCAAGCUGGCUGAAAUAGGCUUCAAAAACUUUGAGGACAACUGCUGCAAUGAUGACAGCACGAAUUGUAUUGACCACAGACAUUGCAAAGAUGAGGACGGGCAUGGGACGUUUAUUGCUGGCAUUAUCGACAGAGUCUGGGAUAUUUCUGAGUUGUAUGUUGGGAAAGUCGCAAGCAAGCGCGAAACAGCUCGAGAUUACACACAAUUUGUCAACAGCGUUGCUAAGGGCAUAUUCUGGGCAUGUGACCGGUGGGAAGUUGACAUUAUCAACCUCUCACUAGGCUUUCCGGUAUACAAGGAAGCGUUACGCCCUAUCCGAGACGCGCUUGAUCAUGCUGCUAGUAAGCGAGUCCUCGUGUUCUCCGCGUCUCACAACUUUGGCAACAGUAGAAGUGCUCCGUGGCCAGCCAGUGAACCUGGUCUUACAAUCCCUGUCACGGCCGCCGAUAUGACUGGAAAGCUAGCGACAUUCGCGCGACAACCACAGUCAUCGGGCGAGAAUGUUAUGGCCUUGGGCGAAUGUCUCGAGUCGAGCUAUGCGCUUCCGGGAUCCCAAAAAGUCCAUUACGAGUCAAGACGCCUGAAUGCGACUUCAUUCGCCACGCCAAUAGUAGCAUGCAUGGCUGCUGUUGUAAUCUAUGUCUUGGACAACGUCAAUUAUCCAUAUGAACAGGAGGGUGCUUCGAAGGGGCUCAGAACUGUCAAAGUUAUGAAAGAAGUGUUGUUUGACACGUUUGGUAGACCUGAGGACGUGGGCUUACACUAUCUUAGACCAAGCUUCUCUGAGAAGAGAGCCAAGCGCUCGUGGCAACUCGGAGAGAAUAUCAGGUUUAUAGUGAGGAAAGAGAUGAAACAUGAAUGAUGGAUCAGCCCAAAAAGGAAUGAAAACACUAGUCACUAAAUUGAUUGAGACCAAGUCGGUAAAUCGGUCACAGAGAAUCCACGCUACCCAAUCUUGGG